AUGGGCAAGGUCUCAACUAAAGAUACAAAGGCUUCCGGAAAACAUGUUCCGUUGUACAAGGAUAUUGCUGCCAGUGGUGGAAAAUUAAAGUCUUCACAAAUAAAAGCAAAAGUUUACAAAAAAGCAAAAGAGAAUGAUGACAAUGAUGACGGUGACGAUGGAAGGGAUGAGUUUGAAAUGGAUGCAGCUACUUCUCGUCGUGUUCUCAAGCUUGCACGUGAACAACAACAAGAACUUGAGGAAGAAGAAAACUACAAUGAAGUUGCAACAAAGCCUAGGUUCCAACUUAUUCAGCAUGAAUCUGAUGCUGAAGAAGAACAAGACGAAGAAGAGUACGAAGAAGAGUACGAAGAAGAGAUGGAAUAUGUGGAUGAUGAAGAUCUUAACCCAUCUGAAGUUGCAAUGUUUGAAACAUUUUUUAAAGCAAAACAAGGUAAUAAUGAACCUUUUCAGCCUAUCAACCUUGCUGAUAAAAUUAUGCAAAAAAUAGCACAAUCAGCUACUCCAGACGAAAGCGACGGUGGAAAAGAUCCUGAAAGCACAGAAGGAAGACCACAAGACGGUGUUUACUUACCACCAAGGGUUAUUGAAGCGUAUCAAAAGGUUGGAGAAUCUUUGAGAGCAUGGAAACAUGGUAAAUUACCCAAACUAUUCAAAGUUUUACCAACAAUCAAAAACUGGGAAGAUCUGAUAUAUGUCACCGCUCCAGAACAGUGGACGCCAAAUGCAGUAUAUGAGGCUACCAGACUAUUUGUCUCGAAUUUAACUGCAGCAAAGGCUGAAAAGUUUGUUAGUCUUGUUCUUUAUCCAAGAUUCCGUCAAGAUAUUGAAGAGAAUGAAGACCACAAAUUAAACUACCAUAUAUAUAGGGCAUUGAAAAAAUCAUUGUAUAAACCUGCUGCGUUUUUCAAAGGGUUUCUUUUCCAGUUAGUUGAAGAUCAAUGCUCAGUCCGUGAAGCCAUGAUUGCUGCUUCCGUGUUAAAGAAAACUUCGGUUCCAGUUCAGCACGCUUCUGUUGCAUUGUCUUGGUUAUUAGAACAGGAAUUUUCACCUGCUGCCACUGUUUUUAUUAGAGUGCUAAUUGAGAAAAAGUAUGCAUUACCGUACCAAACUAUUGAUGAUCUAGUUUUUUAUUUCAUGAGGUUUCGUGUAAUUACUGACAAUAAAUCUUCAUUCAAAAUAGACAAUGAAGCUGAUUUAAUGGACGAUGUUGAUAUUGAUAUCACCCAACAGAGAAAAUUACAAGAUGCUCCACCUUUACCCCUUGUCUGGCAUAAAUCAUUGCUCGCCUUUGCGCAAAGGUAUAAGAAUGAUAUCACAGAUGAUCAAAGGGAUUUCUUAAUGGAAGUUGUUAGGCAACGUCCUCACAGAGAGAUUUCUCCUGAAAUAAGAAGAGAAUUACUAGCCGGUAAGCCAAAAGAAUUCACCCAGGAACCAACUAAGAAAUUUGAUGAUGAUGAUGUCAUGUCUUACUUCUGA